CACGUUCAGUGUGAACGCAGUUAACUCCUUCCUCUCCGCCCUCCACGGUGGACGGACACGCUCCUACACACAGACUCCCUCCAUUUUUCUCGUUACAUUUUACUUUAACGGAUAAGGAUGAUUUUGCAAAGUCUCCGACCUUCGCUACGUUUGCUUCGCUGCGUGUCUGGAUCGUGCGGUCGAUUCUACCACGGCGAUAAAGUAGCGACACUCGGCUCGCCGCCCGACCCGCAGUCGGCUCUUUAUCAGGAAAACUAUGAGCGAAUGCAACAACUCGUCCAGGAACUGAAGACAAAAGCAGAACAAAUCAAACUCGGUGGCGGAGAGAAGGCCAGAAACCUGCACACAUCCCGAGGAAAGCUGCUGCCCCGCGAGCGCAUUGACAGGCUCCUUGACCCAGGCUCCCCUUUCCUGGAGUUCUCUCAGUUUGCUGCAUAUCAGCUGUAUGGGAAAGAGGAGGUUCCAGCUGGGGGCAUCAUCACAGGGAUCGGUAGAGUUUCAGGGGUAGAGUGUGUUAUAGUGGCUAAUGAUGCCACUGUCAAAGGAGGCACCUAUUAUCCGAUUACAGUCAAAAAGCACCUCAGGGCCCAAGAAAUAGCUCAGCAAAAUCACCUACCAUGCAUAUACUUGGUCGAUUCUGGUGGGGCCAACUUGCCCAGACAGGCAGAUGUGUUUCCUGACCGCGAUCACUUUGGACGCAUCUUCUACAAUCAAGCUCGCCUGUCUUCUGAAGGCUUAGCGCAGAUAGCAGUGGUGAUGGGUUCCUGUACAGCUGGGGGUGCCUAUGUCCCUGCCAUGGCAGAUGAAAGCGUCAUUGUGCGAAAACAAGGAACCAUUUUUCUUGGAGGGCCUCCUUUGGUAAAAGCAGCUACUGGUGAGGAGGUAUCUGCUGAAGACCUGGGAGGUGCUGACCUUCACUGCAGGAAGUCUGGUGUCACUGACCAUUAUGCCUUGGAUGACAAUCAUGCUCUCCAUUUGGCUCGAAAAGCUGUACGAAACCUCAACUAUAUGAAAAAAAUGGAUGUCACAGUGGAGCCCCCUGAAGCUCCCCUUUUCCCAGCUGAUGAGCUCUACGGCAUCGUUGGGGACAAUUUAAAAAGAAACUUUGAUAUUCGAGAGGUUAUUGCAAGAAUAGUGGAUGGAAGCAAAUUUGAUGAGUUCAAAGCGUUCUAUGGAGAUACUCUUGUUACAGGCUUCUCAAGAAUAUUUGGUUACCCUGUGGGAAUCAUUGGAAACAAUGGAGUUCUCUUUUCAGAAUCUGCAAAGAAAGGAACCCAUUUCAUUGAAUUGUGCUGCCAAAGAAAUAUUCCACUGAUUUUCCUCCAGAAUAUUACUGGUUUCAUGGUUGGUAGAGAGUAUGAGGCUGGGGGAAUAGCUAAGGAUGGAGCCAAGAUGGUGACAGCAGUGGCCUGCGCCAGUGUACCCAAAAUCACAGUAAUUAUUGGAGGGUCGUACGGUGCUGGCAACUAUGGCAUGUGUGGCAGGGCCUACAGCCCUAGGUUCUUGUACAUGUGGCCCAACGCUCGGAUCUCUGUGAUGGGUGGGGAGCAGGCUGCCACCGUUCUAGCCACCAUCACAAAGGACCAGAGAGCACGAGAGGGAAAAGAAUUUACAGCUGAGCAGGAAGCAGCAAUGAAGGAACCCAUAGUGAAGCGGUUUGAAGAAGAAGGAAGUCCAUAUUACUCCAGUGCCAGACUCUGGGAUGAUGGGAUCAUCGACCCAGCUGACACGAGACUUGUGUUGGGACUCAGUCUUGGCGCUGCACUUAAUGCUCCGGUGACAAAAACCCACUUUGGAGUGUUCAGGAUGUAAUUCUGCAGAGGGCUUUUGGGUUGCUUCUCCACCUUGGCAAGCGGGAGCAGGUAGCGUAGGUAGUUAAAGCCAUCACCUUGCACUCAAAGGACCCAUGUUUUGAACCUUUGUUCCUGCCACUGAGUACUGCAGCAGCUCCAGAAAACUUGGCCUGCUGCAUUAAUGGGUAAAUAUUUGUAAAUAGCAGUAUAUAAAACUGAAAUUGUAAGUCACUUUAGACAAAGGUCUUAUUAAAUCAGUGAGUUACUGAGAUCCUGUGGUAAUUCCCCCUCAUUCCCUCUGCAUUUAACUGUUAGGAUUUUGAUUUGCUAAUUCAAAGAUGUCUGUCCUUAUGUUUAAAAGCAAAUUAUGUUAAUUAUGAAAAAAUAAAGGACUUUAUGGUUUGGCUCA